AUGGCCGCCGUCCGACGCUUCCAGCCCAUCCUCCGCAAUGCCUCCCGGGCAAGCUACACCCGCACUCAACCCACGCAACGCUUCCUCAACUGGGCAACCGACGCGCCCCUCUGGACCGCCCACGCCGAAGCCAAAGGCGGACGACAAGGCCACGUCAAAGCCCCAGCUCUCAACGUAGACCUGGGCAUGCCGCAGGACAAACCCGCCAAGACGAACCCGGAGGAGCUCUUCGCGGCGGGAUACGGAGCCUGCUUUGUGGGAGCCAUGGGAGCCACGGCUCCUUCCCUGGGAAUCAAGCUGCCCGACGGCGUCGUCGCGGACACGGACGUGCAUCUCAUUGGGGACAUCAAGAAGCUGGAUAUUGGGAUUCGAGUGGAUAUGACCAUCAAGGCUUCGGGCAUCAGCAAGCAGGAUCUGGAGAAGCUGGUGGAGAAGACGAAGACGGUCUGCCCGUAUUCGCGGGCCACGGAGGGCAAUGUCGUCACGAACUUGAAGUGUGAAGUGGUAUAA